AUGGAACCUUCUCCAAGGAGAUGGCUUAUGCUGUUAUGUUAUGUUGGGAUAAGCUCUAUGAAUGGCCUUGUCUGAUGCACUUUAACUCCGAUCACUGAAAAGGCUCAAGAGUACUAUGGUGCGAGUGCAAACUUGAUCAAUUUAUUUGAAGAAAGCUAUUUCAUAAUGUAUCUGCCAUUUGCCCCAUUCGCUUCCUGGGCGCUUGGCCGAAAUUAUUAUUGGUGCAUGAAUAUUGGCUGGCUCAUAACCUGCAUUGGUUGCUGAAUUCGGUAUGUUGCAGGUCCAAAUUUCGCACUCGCUUUAAUAGGCCAAUUUCUUGUAGCUUCUUUAAACAGUAUGGUCUUGCCAGGCUGUUCCACUUUAGCUGCUAACUCCCCCCCAUCCUUGAUCGAACGAUUGACUGUAAAAAUUUAAAAAUGGGAAAUUAACCCCAUCCUUGAUCGAACGAUUUUCAUAUCAUGCAAAUUUUUUAUAUAUAUAAAAAUAUAAUAGUUAUCAAAAGCUUGGGAAGAUGUACCUAAUGAAGUUGUUUUCAGACACUUUGAGACGAUAGAAAGCUUCGGAAUCAACCAUUCAAAGUAAUUUAGUCAUCAAAUGGGCUUAAAAACUCAAUAAUCUAAUAAAAUAGAGAUUUUUUAAAAUUUUUAAAAAAACAAAUUUUAAUUUAAUAAGUAACAAAUUAAAAUUUAUACAGUUUAAAAGGGGUAACUAAUAAAUUAAAAUAUAAAAAAUUGGUAUUUUUAUGAAAAAUUAAUUCAAUUUUUUGCUGUAAAAAUAAUUAUUAAAUACUCUUAACCCUCUUAUUUAAAAGUAAAUAAAACAAAAUUUAUAUAUAUAUUUUAUUUUAUAUAUAAAAUUUUUUUCCCAAAAAAAAUUUUUAUUAACCCCCAUCCUUGAUCGAACGAUGGCGAGUCGUUCGAUCAAGGAUGAGGGGGAGUAAGUGGUUUCCUCCUAAAGAGCAACUUUUAGCUACCACAAUUGGCAGCCUCAGCAAUUUUGUGGGUAUCGGGUGCGGUUUUGUAAUUCCUCCAUAUGUCAACAACGUUCCAGUUCUUAUGUUUGCGGAAGCACUAUAUGCGAGCCUGUUUUUGAUUAUUAAUGCAGUUUUUUCGAAAAAAGAAAACAUAAAUCUUGAGCAAAACUUUGAAAAUUUCCAAGAAUCGUGCAAAGAAGCUUUAAAGGAUAAAAAAAUGCUUGGAAUUGUGCUUUGCUCCAGCAGCGGAGUUGCAGUAAGCUAUACAGUACUUGGAAUUAUGGGACAAUUGCUAUCAACCACAGGCAUGAGGUCUGUAGAAGUGGGGUGGAUCGGCUUUAGCUUGGUUAUGACUGGGAUGUUUGGCGGCUUAAUAGCUACUUGUUUAGUGGAAAAAUUUAAAGCUAUUUUGAAGCCGUUAAGAGUGUUUUUAGUACUCACUCCCCCCCCCUCCGUGAGUGAACAAAAAAAAUUUUGUUCACUCACGGAGGGGGGUUAAUUUUUUUUUUUAAAAACAUUUAUAUAUAAAUUUUAUAAAAAAUAUUUUUUUCGAAAUUUAAAAAAUCCCUAAUUCACAAAAAUUGGAAAGCAAAUAUUAAUUUUUUAAUUUAUAAAAUUUAUGUUUUAAAACGCAAUUCGUUUAAAAUUAAACAGAAUUAGCUCUAGAUUUCAUUAUACUAAUUAUCAUUUAUAUAUCAAAUUUUUUCCAUAAAAAAUUUUUGUUCACUCACAGAGGGUGGGUUUUUUGGGCAAAAAAUGGUGAUUUUUCUAAUGGUUUUGUUCACUCACGGAGGGAGGGGGGUCAGCAUCUUUUCAAUGAUCUUUUGGGCUGCGCUAAUUGGAACUUUACUUUUAGCAAUUAUUGGAAGUGUUUUUGUUGGUUUCAGCUUAGUUGGAUUCGUGCCUCUUGGAAUCAGAUGUGCAGUGGAACAGAAUUUGAGGAUUGAAGAAUCUAUUCCUACAAACAUGAUUUUCUUUAUGGCGCAGAUACUAUCAUUAAUUUAUACUUAUCCAGUUCAAUAUUUCAGUACUUUUACUCACUAUACAGGACUAUGGGUUGCUGCAUUUUUAGUGCUUCUUUCUUUUGGGGUUUUCUUAUGGAUUUCAAGAACAAAGCCACCAAAAUCUUGUCAAUGGGAGUUACUGAAUGAAAAAGAAAAAAAUGAUCCGAUUAAAUAG